AUGGAGCAGACCGGACAACCCCCUGCCUCUAGCCUUGCAGCCAUGAGACGGUUCCGCUGGUACGGACACGUCCUCCGACUCCCUCCAGAUCACCCCAACAGAGCCCUACUCGACUUCAACCCUAAGCUGGCAGGAUGGCGCCAGAAUCAACUCAUCCGUGACCCCCUCUUCUCCCCAACAGUGAGUCAAGGCACCUGCGAACCAAACUGGCACGGUCACGGCUCCAGAUGCUUCCGUGUUUUCGACGUUGAAGUAUCAUACGCAGAUGCAAGAGCUCUGUGCUUAAGCCACAACUCCCAUCUAGCCCUCCCAAAAGACCAAUCGACCAACGACUUCGUUAAACAACUGCGUAACAGUGUCAACCAAGCACGGGGCGCCUGGAUCGGACUGAAGUAUGGAGUAGACGAGGGAAGCUUCGUGUGGGAGGAUGGAGAGGUAUUGGGCAGUUUCGACGACUGGGGACAAGGCCAGCCGGAUGGUGGGUCCGAUCCGAACCAGUGUGUCCGCAUUGUUCGGGUCUCUUCUUCAAGCAGGUCCAAUCAGUGGGGGGACCACUCCUGUGCUAACCUGUAUGGUGUCAGUUGUGAAAAAGGUCACCGUCCAUAA